CCAGAAUAACUGAUGAAUUAUUUUGAAACUAAAGUAAUCGUGUCUGAGAAGGAGAAGCUGCUGAGUGAGAGGAACCAGCUGCAGGUCUGCAUGUCCGAGCUCUGGCAGAACCUCUCCUUCCUCUCGCAGCAGGUGUGCAGAGAGGUCCAAACCAACCAGACUCCGCCCGCCUCCGCCACUAUCGACCUCACCUCAGAUUCUCCGGACCAGGACCCCGUGAAACCCAGAUUCAGCAUGGUUGGCGAGAACUCUGACGAGCUGGAGAGCAGACGGAAAGUCCAGGACGUAUUCGGUCGGAAGGAGCAGAACUCAGACGGUCCAGUGGUUCUGGAAUCCAGGGAGGAAUUGUGUAGCCCCACAGUGACAGUGGACUUCUGUCAGGAGAUGACGGUGAAGUGCGAGGAAGCCUCAGAGCUGCAUGAAACACAGGAAGGAGCCCAAAAAGAAGAUCCAGUGCACAACUUCUGCCCCGAAAAGAGGAACAGUUGGAACAAGGCUCAAGUUAUGGAGACACAGUCACCCCACACCAUCGUCACCACCUCCACCCUGCACAAACACUCGCAGAACAGAAACAGCGAGAAAGCGGAGGGUGAUCCAACAUGUCUGCUGUUGGCCGUGACCCGUACCUGUUUCUGUGGGUUUUACAGGCAGCUUCACACCGUCAGGUCACGCAUCGCUGCGCCGCAAGGUCUCUGA